AGCGAGCUCGCGAGCUGCAACGAGCUCGCGCGCCGCCACGGCGUCACGAAGGGCAUGUACGUCGGCCAAGCCAAGCAGCUCUGUCCGGAGCUGCAAGUGGUGCCCUACGACCUCGAAGCCGCGGACCGCGCGAGCCAAGAACUGUUCGCCAUCAUGCUGCUAAUCACGCCACGGCUGCUGCCCGCUUCUUGCGACGAGGCGUACCUGCAGCUCGUGGACGCGCAGGUGGACUGCGCCAAGCACCUCGCGCGCGUCGUGGAAGCCACGAUCCUGCACCGCACGAACGUCUCGGUGACCGUCGGCAUCGGCGACAACAUGUUCCAGGCGAAGUUCUUGCGGCCGCAGCCGAUCGAGGCAAUGCACGGCGUCGGCGCCUCGCUGAGCCAGCUGCUGCGCGAGCACGGCGUGAUUUCAAAUUAG